UGCAUUAUAUCCACAACUGUAUUACUAUAAAUACAUGCCUGGAUUGCAUUUGCAAAACUAUUCUAAGCAAAACUAUUUAAGAAUGAACAAAAACGGUCAUCGUACCACAAGUGGAGGUGGUACUUCUUCAGCUUACACUGGUGUCCGCAAGAGGAAAUGGGGCAAAUGGGUGUCUGAGAUUCGUGAGCCUGGGAAGAGUUCCCGGAUUUGGCUUGGGAGCUUUGAGACACCUGAAAUGGCUGCAUCUGCCUAUGAUGCGGCGGCAUUUUACUUAAGGGGUGAUUUAGCCAGGCUCAAUUUCCCAGAAAGGGUGAACGAGCUCCCAAGGCCAGCUAGCUCAAGUGCAGAAUGCAUACGCAUGGCGGCUCAAGAAGCAGCCUUGCAGCUCAGGCCUGCCAUGCAUGAAUAUGAGCAAGAGAAGGGUGGGUCAAGCUCAAGCCACACAGUGCCUACAAACAUCGGACUUUCACCUAGCCAAAUUCAAGCUAUAAAUGAUUCUCCACUUGAUUCCCCGAAAUUGUGGAUGGAAUUGACUGAUGCUCUUAUGGCAGAUCAAAGAAUGUAUUUUUCUAACGCUAGUAACUCUGAUCAUAUGGGUGACUGGGAAGAGAUACCAGACUAUUCCCUAUGGGAUGCUUAGGUAACAAAACAUUAAACCAAUUUAUUAGGAAGA